AUGGCGCAUGUUCCUCAACAAUAUCAGCAAGAAGGGGGAAACCAAAGCACAAAAUCUGAGAUUGCUGAAUGUGUUCAGUCUGAACUGAAAAAGAUAGACAUUUCAAAUGAAAAUGGUGGAUCCAAAAGAAAUGACGCACAAGAAAUGAGAGCUGACACUGAUGCAGGGGCAAAUCAAAAAGAUUUUUUACCACCACCAUACUUGAACGCAAUACAAGGUGAAGUUAACAUGGAGGCUUCUAUAUCAGCUGAUGAUGUUGUACGAGCAGGGGGCUUUGGAGCUAGAGAUGACAUAAGUAGCUGCCUUCCCGUUGCUAGCGAUUUCACUGACUUUGAAGCUUCUCUACUUGAUGCCCGAGACUACGAAGAACCACAGGAGGAGAUCAGUAGACCUGGCCUCGGCUGGGCUAACUCUAAAAAGUAG